AUGAAUUCUCAGUGGCAGCCGUAUAAAGAUCCCUUGGUGGGUCGUCCUGCGCAAUUCAACAAUAACGGGUUGACGUCGAAUCCGAACACUCAACAGCUGCCUUCGAACUACGGCGGCCAGUCACAAUCAUCUCAGGCUCCUGCUGGCUACACUUACGAGCCUUUUCAAUCCCCGGGCAUCAUUGCCAAACCGCCUUCGACAAAAUCGGCUUCGAUGGCGUCGUCCCCAGCUGCUACACCCCAUACCCGGGAUUAUGUCACUGAACAGGAUGCCAUCAUGGAAGAUGCAGAUCCAUAUAACCGGGCCAAAUACCCAACAAGGUCGAACCAUCAGAGCCGACCGUCUUCGCAGUACUUUCCCAGCGAAGGGUCUACCGCUGCCCGCAGAUACUCUCCGAUGAAUGUGCUGUCGCCAACUUUGCCCUACAACUCAAGCCCAGGAAAAUCUGGCAAUACGUACGCUUUCCCGCCCGCGACGCAUCCAUCUAGGCAGUCGCCAACACGAACGCCGAAUUACUCCUCGCCUCCCCAGCCGUUUCAGUCGCCUCCUUCUGGUUCGCGUCCUCCGAGAUUACCUCCAUUGCAACCCACAGACAUGAGCCCGGAUCAAUUUUUUGGUCCAUCGUCAGGACCUCAGCUCAGCUCACCGUUCGCGCAGGACGGAUGGUCACGCACGGGAUCCGGGGCCCCUCAGCAGCCGGGGCGAGGCCCGUUGCCGAAAUUCCAAAAGAUCAAAUCGAUUCAAGACCUCAAGCCUCGCAUCAAUGCCCAGCCCGCGUACCGGCGUGCCAAUCCUGAGGGUGGCUUCAUCAGCCCACUUCAAGCUUUAACGAACCAUCUUCCAGCUACUUAUCGGAUAUGCAAUCCGAACUUUCACUACGAGUCGUCAAGGAACCCACGGCGGGUUCUCACAAAGCCCAGUAAGGGCGUCAAGAACGACGGGUACGAUAACGAGGACAGCGAUUACAUUUUGUAUGUCAACGACAUCCUGGGAAGCGAAGAGGCAGGGCAUAAGAAUCGCUAUCUCAUUCUUGACGUCCUCGGCCAAGGGACCUUUGGGCAAGUCGUUAAGUGCCAGAAUCUCAAGACGCAGGAGGUCGUUGCUGUUAAAGUAAUCAAGAACAAGACUGCGUACUUCAAUCAGAGUAUGAUGGAGGUAUCAGUUUUGGAUUUGCUCAACAGCAGAUACGACAAAAACGACGACCACCAUCUCCUUCGGUUGAAGGACACUUUUAUACACCGUCAACAUCUUUGUUUGGUAUUUGAGCUACUCAGCGUGAACCUUUACGAGUUGAUCAAGCAGAAUCAAUUCCGAGGCUUGAGUACAACUCUUGUGCGCGUUUUUGCGCAGCAAUUGCUCAACGCACUGAGCCUUCUGAAUAAGGCGCACUUGAUUCAUUGCGAUCUUAAGCCGGAGAAUAUUUUGCUGAAAAACCUUGAGAGCCCCAUUAUUAAGGUUAUUGACUUUGGGUCCGCCUGUGAUGAAAGACAAACAGUUUACACAUACAUCCAGUCCAGAUUUUACCGCUCACCAGAGGUGCUUCUCGGCUUGCCAUACUCUUCCGCAAUCGACAUGUGGUCUCUCGGUUGUAUAGUAGUCGAGCUGUUUCUGGGCUUGCCGCUAUUCCCUGGAUCCUCAGAAUACAACCAGGUGUGUCGCAUUGUGGAGAUGCUAGGUUUACCGCCUACCUGGAUGUUGGAAAUGGGAAAGCAGUCUGGUGAAUUCUUUGAGAAGACUCAGGACGAGUUCGGACGAAAGAGUUACCGGCUGAAGAGCCUGGAGCAGUAUUCCCGGGAACAUAACACAAAGGAGCAACCCAGCAAGAAAUAUUUCCAAGCAUCGACACUGGAGGAAAUCAUUCGGAGUUAUCCAAUGCCAAGGAAAAAUAUGAAACAGGCAGAGAUUGAGAGAGAAGUCAACAACCGCGUUGCAUUCAUUGACUUCGUCCGUGGUCUGCUGUCGAUCAAUCCGCUCGAGCGCUGGUCGCCGCAACAAGCAAAGCUCCACCCGUUCAUUACACAGCAAAAGUUCACCGGGCCGUUUGUCCCCCCAAUGAACUUGAAGUAUUCGUCUCUUAACAAGACCCUCCCACCCGGUAUUCAGCAGCAGCAGCAAGCGGAAGCUGCGAGUAAGCAAAGGGCGGCACAUGCUCAAUCCGCCGCUCAGAGCGCGUACACAAUGCAAAUGAACCAGUACCAUCCUUCGGCACAUGCGCAGCCGCCACCACCGAUGUACACGGGGAUGUAUGGCGGACACCAACAACCGCCUCCACCAUACCCCACACAGCCGCCAGCAUACGGCCACCAAAUGAAUCUUAUGCCCGGCCAAAUGCCCCAAACGCAAUACGGGGCCUCCCAGAGCCUUUAUGCACAAGCGACAACGAGGGCUGGCCGUCAACGUGCGUCAACCAUGGAUCCUCAGGGGGUUCCACCAACUAUCCAAAGAGUUGCCAGCCAUUUGGAUCCCAAUGCGCCUAUUCGGCUGCAACCAAGCCCGGCUUACUACCCUCCGCCGGCCGAUGGUUAUGCUGACCCUAACUCUGCAAAUCAAAGACGGCGAGGCAGCCGUGUUGGUGGAACACGAAACCGGGAUUUCAUCCGCACUCUUGAGGACGGCGUCUUGGGGGAUGGCUACAUGGGUCAAAACCAGUGGCACUAGGUUGCAUACUGCCAAGCACAAGUUGAAGGUUGCGCAAGAGUCGUAUAUAAGGCAUUUUCUCUUCUCGUCGGGCACAAGCAUGCUCCAUACGCGUUAAUCACAGAUGAUAUGGACGCAGAGUCGCUCCGAUCGUUGCCAUGAUUACGUCGCCGUUUGCAAUCCGCUCGAUUCGCCGGUUUCCUUAUUCCUUGACCUAGCUCCAGGCGCUCCCGAAUUGGUGCUGUAUCGAUCUCUGCUG